AUGGCUCUUCGCAGAGGUUCGAAACGUGCACGAUCCCCAUCCCCAGCCCCCCCCCCCCCCCCUUCUUUCAAAGCAUCAAAGUCUCUCAGAAAAUCCAUUCAGGACCAAACCAGCGUUGCACUAGAAAUCACAAAGCAACUGCUUUUGACCGAAGAAGGCAUGGACAUGAACGUGGUGUUCUCGCCGCUGUCCAUCCAUGUGGUUCUUAGCAUGAUAGCAGCUGGCACCAAGGGUUUCAACCAAGAAGAGAUGCUCAAUUUCCUCAAGUCCAAGUCCAUACACGAGCUCAACACUCUCGCCUCCAAUGUCAUCCCCCUAGUCUUUGCCGAUGGAUCUGAACACGGCGGGCCUCUCUUGUCAUUUGCCAAUGGGGUUUGGAUAGAUGAAUCUCUCUCCAUCAAGCCUUCUUUCAAAAAUGUACUGGAUACUGAUUACAAGGCGACCUUGAAACAAGUUGAUUUCAAGACUGAGCCAGAGGAAGUGCGACAUAAAGUGAAUUCCUGGGGGGAAAAGAAGACCAAUGGUCUCAUCAAAAGCAUUCUUCCCCCUAUGUCUGUUUCUCGCACAACAAGGCUCAUUCUUGCAAAUGCUGUAUACUUUAAAGGAGAAUGGGAUGAGGAGUUUGAUGCAUCAGAGACAAGAGUGUACAAAUUUAACCUUCUCCAUAAUGGGGGCUCAGUUAAGGCACGCUUCAUGACAAAGUCGUCGAAACAGUUUAUUAGUGUCUUUCAAAGCUUCAAAGUCUUGAAGCUUCCCUACAAACAAGGUAAAGAUCAUGAGCGAAUGUUCUCCAUGUACAUUUUUCUUCCAAAUGCAAGGAACGGGCUGCGAGCGUUGGUCGAGAAGUUUUGCUCCAAGUUUGAGUUCAUAGAUAGCCAUCUUCCUUACAUAGAAGUUCCAGUGGGUGAAUUCUUAAUCCCAAAGUUUAAGAUUUCCUGUGGUUUUGAGGCUUCCAAACUUCUGGAGACUUUGGGAUUCUCUCCUGGAAGUUUGACAGAGAUGGUGGACUCACCUGAGCCCCUACAUGUUUCCAACAUAUUCCACAAAGCCUUCAUUGAAGUUAAUGAAAAAGGCACAGAAGCUGCUGCUGUAACGGCUUUUGUUGUGACGACGUGCUCGUUCCCACCCCGGCCCCUUCCUGAUCCGAUAGAUUUUGUGGCAGAUCACCCAUUCCUUUAUCUCAUCAGAGAAGAAGUGACUAAAACGGUCAUGUUCGUUGGGCAGGUCCUCAAUCCUAUUGAAGACUUGUUUAUCUCCUAGGCUUGUUAGGAAGUUCACCAUUAAAACGCAGCGUGUAAGUCUGGUCUAUUUAAUUUCCCCCUUAGUUCAUUCUUAGUUCAUAUUCCUUCUCCUGUCUAUUUUGUGAUAACUAUAAAUUUUACUAUGG